GGAAACAUCCUUUUGGAAUUGAACGGCAUAGACUGGACAACAUUUUGAAAGGAAACCCAGUUGGCUUGGACGAAAUCAAGGAUGCCACGCUCAAAGACCUUUUAUCGUGGAUGCUACAGCUAAAACCGGAAGACAGACCAUUGGCCAACGAAGCGUUAAAACACCCUUAUCUACAAACCGAUAAGGAGAAUUUCGCUUUUCUGUGUGAUGUUGGGAAUGAACCAGAGAUAAAGACAUCAUCUCCACAUUCUCUUCCCCCAAAUCUUCGUGAGCAGUUGAAUCUUUCAAUAAAUUGGAUGGACCGUAUCGAUCCUGAAUUCUUUAAUCAUUUCAAUAAAGUAUCGGACUCUACAUGGUUAGGUUGCCUAAGAUUUUUACGAAACGUUCGCCAGCAUUGGCACGAUAAACCUCGUCCACAACUGUCAUCAUGUGUUAAAGAUGGAAACUAUCAAGAGUAUUUUCUUCAACUUUUUGAGGAACUGCCUUAUCUAGUUCACAGAGCCAAAAGAUUGAUUGACUGGAAGGCAAGACCUGAUCUAGAGAAACAUUUUCCAAACAGUGAACAUCCUGUAAAACUUGAAGAAGGCAAGGGAAAGAAAAGCGAAGCUGUUAUUGAAUACCCUGAUCUUAACGACGAGAUUAACGAUUUGUCCGAUAUCCAAAGAUAGUGACGAGUACCUACGAAUCAUGGUGAUUCAGAGACUUUGGCAUAUUUUUAUCGUAUGGUAAAAAGAAGCUUAUAGCUUAUUAUAUUGUCAAACUUGUAAAGAACACAUAUGCAAUAGUAAAUAUUGCGUAUCCUUUGCUUUAAGGCAACAAAUUCUUUCACGUCGUAUGCAUUAAUGCUGAAAUUGCGAAAAAUGCUUGCUUAGAAAAAGAAGAGAGUUUUCGAUUAGAGUUAUUAAUCCUUUUA